AUGUCUAGGACUAUCACAUACGGAAAAAUGAGAAACAGGAACAUCUUAACGACGCUAGGAUCACGACCGGAGAAGGACGCAGCCAACACAUCACGGUCCAGGCAACUGAGGCCAAAUCCACGUUUUGAUGAUAAUCCAAAGCGCACUUCACGAAAGAGAGCGAUGGCGAAACCGCAAACUGCAGAGGCAAUGGCAAGUUGGUUGCUAGACGAUUCCACCUCUGAGUGUUUAGAGAACGGCGACGAAGAUUCUUCUCUCAAGAAGCGCCGGGCCAAUACGCCGGAGAUGUCGCAUGCUCCGGCAAACGAGCCAGCAAUUUCGCCUCUAAAUCUCCCUUCGCCCCUCGAAACACUGCCCAACCCAUCUGGAAAGUACCCUCAGAGGUCUCGAGUGGAUAAAAUCUCACCAAAGAGCCCUGGAAAGGUUCCAAGACGGGCUGCCACUACUCGAAUACGCAAGGAACGAUCCCAGAGGCGUACAAGUACAAAGCUGAAACGACAACUAUCUCUCGAUCCAUUAAAGUUCCAUCCCACAAAUAGCUAUAAGGUCUCGACACCUGUGGUGCUUGCUGUUGUCGAUGGAAACGUCAGGAACCGUGGUACAGAAGGGCCGAGUACGCCUCCCGUUGGGGAGGGAUGUGCUAACGGCGAAGCUAUCAACGGAAAACUUGCUGCCAUGCUGGCCGCAACUGAUGCUCUUAAGCCAACACCACAGCGGACCAACUCUUCAAGCUCAAGACUUACCCGUAUGGUACCAUUAAAGGUGCUUACCAAAGUCUCAAAUGCCUGGGAUAGAUUCCACCCGAAGGUGCCAUCUCAAGAGAAGGGAUCUCAGUACAAACCGAUCUUCGAUGAUGGACAAUGCAUAAAGCUCGACACGCAUGGGGCCGAUCCCUCACCUGCCCCUCCAGAUAACAUGUCUCCCAUUAGUAACAUUGAAAUACGCCUGAAUGAAGGGGAUAACCUCAACAAGCGGAAAGUGCAGCGAAUUGUAGGAGGUCGGGUAAAUCGAAAACCACUGGCUGAUGAUGGAAAAUCUCUUAGGAGCGGAAAACUUUUCGAAGACCCGUUCUCUGAGCGUGAUAAAUGGCACACCGCAACAAUCUUUGAGAACAGAUUGAUGGCUGUUCCAGAAAGGGAGGAGAGAGGACAGCUCAUCCUGUCACGUAGCCCGUUCGAGUCUGAGAAGGAAUUCGACAACAACAUUGAAGAUAGGUUCUUGAAUAGUACACCGGUUGGUUCUUCGACGCCUCGGAUAAUACUUGAACGGGUUUCUGCCUCGAGCGAGGAGUGCAACUCUACGACCGAUAGCAUGAGUCCUUCCCGGAGGCGACUUAGUACCAAAUUGAGCCACCUGCCAUCUAAGUUUGACAACGAGACACCAGUCCCAGACAAUCAUCCUGGACCAAACGUCGGCAAUCCAAUCUCGGGCCCAGUCGACUCGGUCAGUCAAUCUCGGCGGGCUUGGGAGCAAUCGACUAAAGGUUUUACUUCUUUCGGUAUUAAGAGUACCAAGAAGCACCCAUCGCCUAGUAAGGAGGCUCUGGAAGACUUGGAAAGGGAAUUACGACAGUACGCUCAUGAACAAGCUUCUGGAUCUGGUGGUCGCAGUCCAGAGGAAUUAGAUGCAGGUUACACCGAUGAGAGCCCUUCAUUGACCCGCCUAGCUAUCGCUAGCAUCGACGAGCUAGCAAACCCAGCAUUUGAUGGAGAGCAUCACCGGCGACGAUCUUCAGCGUCGAUAACCAGGUACUCGUCACAAAGCAAACUCAAACCGUACAGAGAUGUGCGCUUGGCUCCACCUUACCGCCCAGCAGGAUCUUCUCCCCAUGAUGUAGAUGAGCUGCAUUAA